AUGCGUGCCUUGAAGACCGCUGGCAAGCACGACGAGUUCGCCAAGAAGUUCGCCGCCAAGGACGCCAUCUUCAUGGGACCACUCCACGACCCAUGCAACGCUGCCGACGCCGCCAAGCUCGCUGGAUCGGAGAAGAUGGCCGCUCUCGUCAAGUCCGACUUCAACGUCAAGAUCGACGACAUCACUCAACUCGGAGACGUCGUCAUCGAGCGGUGCACCAUCACUGCGAAGCUGCCAACUGGCGACAAGACUGGAUGGUCACUCGCCGUCUGGGUCAAGGAGGGUGGAGCAUGGAAGAUCCGCAACUCGUGCACCACGUUCAAGGCGCCAAUCCCACAACAAUAA